AAUAAUAACAGACCACUCUUUAUAACCACGGUUGCUUACACAGUACCAAAAUCGAAUUUCAUUUCAUUUCUUAGAGGUAUUUACCGACGGGUAAGGUUUUACAAUGAGGGGUACUCUGCUGCUGGUGAUCCUGUUCAGUGUGUCUGGGACAUGGGCUGAAGGAGAGAAUGGAGGAGCUAACCAAGGUUUACAGACGAAGGAUAUGUGGGAUGAGGUGAGGGCCCUGAGAGACAUGGUGGUGGAGCUCAAGGUGGAGCUGAGGAAUACCAAGGCUGAACUGCAAACCCAGAGAGACAAAGUGGCUCAUCUAGAGAAGGAGAACACAGUGAUGAGUUCCAGACUGACAGCCACCGAAAACAAGGUGACAGCAAUUACAGCGGAGCUGGAAGCGACUAAGGCUGAACAGCAGCUCCAGAAGAAAAAAGUGGAAGAGGCUGAGAGGCUUAUUUCUGUUCAAGCAGCAGAACUGGUAGCCCUAGUUUCCAGAGUGACAGCCAGGGAGGAGGAGGGGCAGGAGCAGAAGAAGGAGGUGACAUCUCUCAGGGAGGAUCUGGAUAUUUCUAAGACUCAACUGCAGCUCACCAAGAACAAAUUGGAUGAGAUGGAAAGGACUAUUGCAGACACACCAAAGCUGGCUUUCUCUGCUGGUUUGACCACCUCAGGAAAAAUCGGACCAUUCAAUGCUGAAACUCCACUCAUCUACAGUAGAGUCUUCACAAAUAUUGGCGGAGCUUACAACCCAACUACAGGUAUCUUCACAGCACCCGUCAAAGGAGUCUACUAUUUCAGAUUCACUGCCUUCAACAACAAGAAUGGAGAAUGGAUGGCAGUAAAUUUAUACCAUAAUAGUCAGAGGAUUUUGCAUAAUUCUGAGUUAGCUAAUGGUCAUGCUUUCAUUGCAAAUGCAUUAAUUCUACAGCUGGAACAAGGAAGUGUGGUCUAUAUGCGUCUCCAAAAAGACUGUGGGCUUUAUGAUGAUCCAAGCUCCUUGAACACCUUCAGUGGUUUCCUGCUGUUCCCUCAGUUACUUUCAGAAGGCGUGUGAUAUUUUCAGCAAGACCUUGGUCUUUGGUUGCAAGUUGACUCUUAAUAAAUAAAAUUAAGUGCAUGAUUAUCUGUUCUUCAUCAAAGAAACAAGAGUGAUUGUACUCCCAAGGUUUUGGUGCUCCAUUUAUUCAGUACUGAAAUAUUAUUAAGGCAUAAGGGCUGUGUAGAAACAGUGUAUAGCUGUAAACAUUAAAAGAACAUU